AUGUAUCCCAACCCUCUCCAGCAUUCGUCUGCAUUAGAACGGGACGUGAUCCCUGAAGACUCGGCCAGCACUCUCGAGGCCGCCGUGAACCGCACCGCAAUUAUCCGCAUCGACCAGAAGGACGGACGCCAUAUCCUGCCUCUCCUGGCUGCGUUCUUCAACAGCGUUUUCCUGCUCGCGUUGGGCCUUGCUAUUUUCCUGCAAGGGCUGGAGAAUGGAAGCGACGCGGAGAAGCACUCGGAGGGAACCGCCCUCUCCAUGAAAGCCGUGCUCCUCCACGUCGCAGCAGACGCUCUCAACAACCUGGCCGUGAUUAUAUCGGCGGUCAUCAUCUGGAAGGUCCCGUCUCACAACUCGCUAGAGUCAAGACCACACCACGAUAUGGAACACAACCACUUUGGCGCUCCGCAUCCAAAGUACUAUGCAGACCCGGCAUGUACGGUAUUCAUCGCCAUCCUGAUCAUGGCCAGCACAGGUCCAGUGGUGCUCCAGUCCGGCAAAGGGCUAAUUGCUGCUGCAACUAACACCAGCAUCAAGGAAGUAAUGGUGGAGUCCCCAAAGGGCGAAGGUGAGACGAAGCAUGAGCAUGAACAUGAGCAUGGGCAUGGGCAUGAUCAUGGGCAUGGCCAUGAAUCUAGUCCUGGCAACAAUGUCGUCGUGAAGCUUCGCAAGGACGCGGCCCAGCCAGCAGAGUUUCAAAAGGAAGUAUCGCAAUGCCAACGAUUCAAAGGGGCGACACAUAUCCGGCAACUACUGGACGUCAUCAAGGACGAAACUCCUGGUGAAGACUUUGAUCACGGAAUGGUGCUGGAAUGGUUGCCGGGAACACUCUGGGACGCGCGUGAAAGCGGACGUCUCGCCGAGUUCGGUCUGGCCGGCAUCCGGAAGAUAAUGAGAGAUACCCUUGAAGGUAUCGAGGAGCUACAUGCAAAAGACAUCAUCCACCUAGACAUCAAAGCUCAAAAUAUCCUGCUGAAUGGGACAUCUGCCAAAUUGUUUGACUUGGGCUCUACAUGGGCUGCAUCCCCCCCGUCUACCGGGGUCGCCCAGCCUAUGCCUUAUCGAAGCCCAGAGAUCUUAUUUGGACUCCAGUGGUCUAAAGAAGUCGACAUAUGGGGCUGGGCCAUGGUGUACCUCCAUAUGAUCCAAGCGUACCUUCGUCCCGACAUCUGGGGUCUCUAUGACCGGCUACCCGACGAGUCUGCCGCAGAUGCCACGCAGAGAUACGAGGAGAGAGUCCGCGUUGACCUGUUCCACGAUUUCAGGCUAUACGAUAUACCGUUCUUUGAGCAGUGCAAGGAUCGCUGGCCCGAGCUGGACCCGGAGCGAGAGGAGGUGACUCUUCGCGCGAUACUGGAGCAUCUGCAGUUUCCCGAAGAAGACAUCCAUCUUUUAGAGACGGUCAUGAUUCCAGAUCCCAAGGCGCGUCCCACAGCCACAGACAUCCUGCGGAUAUCCUUUUAUAAAUAA